CAAAAUUCCCAGUGCUUGCAGCAACGUAACGGAGAUUUGAGGAGGUUGUCUGGGUCUGGUCUGUGUCCGUGGUUGUGCCUAUCCGUAGAGGACGCCAUACCUUUUGUCAGGAUGAGCCACGAGUGCCCAGGAGACCAAUUUGAGCAGGAAGCCAACCAAGCCCGGCUGUGCAGCGCUGGCUGUGGGUUCUUCGCGAACCCCGCCUGUUUGGAUAUGUGCUCCAAGUGCUACCGGGAGCGCACGGCAGAGGAUGAGCGAACAGCGGCAAAUGGUAAAGCAGCGGCAGCGGCCUUGAACUCUUCGCGGAUGGAUAUUGGGAAGCCAGCCAGCCCGGUCCUUCCACCGCCUCGCCCAGCCCCUGAACCUGUGCCCUCGGCCGAUGAGCCCAAGAUGGAGGCCAUGCGUGCGAUAGAGGAGCCAGUUCAGGAGGAGGCGCAUGCCCCGACUACCUCGGCGUCCGCUGAGGAGACCAGCGAGGAAGAGAAGCGGCCAGCGCAAAAGAACCCCGGGCGCUGCUUCUCCUGCAACAAGCGCGUGGGCCUGACCGGGUUCAAGUGCCGUUGCGACUACGUGUUCUGUGCUGCACACAGAUACGCAGAGGCCCACGAGUGCAAGUUUGACUACAAGUCAGCAGGGCGGCAGCAGCUUGCAAAGAAUAACCCACUGGUGCAGGCUGCCAAAAUCGACAAGUUAUAAGGGAGGCACAACGCCGCAAUCUAGGAUGUUCUAAACGUGCGCGCGGCCCCAAUUGGGCCUCUGCCUUGCAAAAAGAGAUGUGAAAGGUUCUUGUGUACAGUGUUGGUCUUGCUGCUGUGUCACCGCUUGCAGGCAGUCCUGCACGGCCCAAAGUGGGCUCCUAGGUGGGGUCAAGACUGGAAAAUUGUUCUCAGGACCCACGGUUCACAGAUCUCUUGUGUGGCGUGCUAGCACGUGCACAGAGGAUGCAGGCUGCAGUGACAUGGGGUGGAAAACCAGUGGUGGGCGAGAUUUGCUGACAUUCUUUGCUGCUACCCAAUUGGGCUGGGGAGGGGGCCUGGCAAACGAGCUGCCCUUCUCAGUUCCCAACCGAGCAUCACCCUGCUUGGCUGUGCGCGGCAUAGGACAAUGAGUGAAUUCUGGGCUGAAAAAGGACGGAAAUGAGUGGGAAGGGUCUAGGAGGGCUGCUGGUGUUUGUUGGCUGCCCUGUUGCUUGACAGGUUGUGCGACAAUGCUCCCAUUGUGUUGAUCUGUACCAUAGAGCAGUUGCAUGCUUAGGUGUGGUUGUUCGUCAGUCUGUGCGACGUUGUACCUUGAUCAUGAUGCAAGCAUCUGUAUUCUUCUAUCAGGCUUC